AUGCCUGCCAUCUUCAAGAAGAUCAAGAACGGACUCAAGUCCCUCUUCAAGAAGAAGAAGCCUGCCCAGGAGAACCCUGAAGGCGCGGCUGCUGAGGAGACUCCUGCCACUGAUAAGCCUGCUGAAGAGGCCCAGCCUGAGGGACACGGUGUUUCCGAUGCGCCCCCGACCCUCGAGGUGACGGAGACUCCAGCUGGCGCGGCCAACCCCGCCACGGAAGCCCACGCGGAGUCUGCUGCUCCUGUCACUGCAUCUGAGCCUGCGGCCAAGCCUACUGAGACUGCCGGCGACGCGGCUGACAAAGAAACCAAAUGA